CAAGUGGUUCAAAGUAUACACAGUACACUCUUCUAAGACACUGACCGAGCUCCUGGGAGGAAACUGGGGAAAAUGGCUAAGACUUUGUAUGUUGCGGUCAUAGUCUUAUGUCUGGGAUUUAUCCAUCAAAAGGCCGAUGGGGUUUUCAUGCAGAAGUUGUCAGAUAAGAAGCUCUGCGCCGAUGAUGAAUGCAUUUAUGCUAUAUCAUUUGGUAGAGCUGAAGAUGAUUACAAUGCCCCAGACUGCAGAUUUAUCAACAUUAAGAAAGGAGAGCUGGUCUACAUCUACACCAAGUUAGUGAAGGAAGAUGAUGAUGCGGGUGAAUUCUGGUCCGGAAGUGUUUAUAGUGACCAGUACAGGGAUCAGCAGGGACUUGUUGGUUAUUUUCCCAGCAGCCUUGUCACCGAGCUCAGUGUCUACAAGGAUGAACUUCAAGAAUUUCCCACCACAGCUGUUGAUUUUUACUGCGAUUAAAAGGAAGAGGUAGUGUGAGAAAACGAGUGACAUGUUUCUGGGGAAUUAUCUGCAAAUAUGUUCAAAGAUUCUAUUGCAUGCAUUUAGAGGAGAACUAACUACCAUUCCUUUACACUUGGAUUUAUAUUUUAUACUGUUAACAACUAUCAUAUGGAGAGUAGGGAUAUCCAUCAGGCUACUAUUGAUCAAGAUCCAAUAGGGUUAGUCAGCUUAGAAAAUAUUUAGUUCUAGUUAAAUCAAUCUUUAUGGAGGAGGAUCCAUCCCUGACCACUCUGAUACAUGGUAUAGGAAACAUGCACCAGAGAAAUACAAAGACUGAGUCCUCCUUCUGAAAAUGUUAGUUGCCUGGCUGCAGUACAUCCAGAGGUUCUGACCUGGGCCAGAUACAGUGGGUAUAGAAAAGAAUCACCCUCCUUUAAAAUAAUAACAUUUUGUUGCUUUGCAGCCUGAAAUUAUGACAGACACAGUGUUUGAAUGUUUGUUUUAUCCAGCUGUAUUUGCUAGCGCAACUUAUAACAUCCAAGUGAAAGAUAUAAUACCAAAACGAAUCACUGAUUUGGAAAAAGGAUCAUCCCCUUAUGUUAGUAUUUUGUUAAACCGCCUUUUGCUUUAAUUACAGCCUUUCGUCUGUUGGGAUAUGUCUCUACUAACUUUGCACAUCUAGACUUUGCAAUAUU